AAAUACCCCCGCAAGCAGCAGUGGCAGUCGCCCCCCUCGCCACCAUGGUGAAGAUUGUGACCGUCAAAACCAAAGCCUACGCCGACCAGAAGCCCGGCACCAGCGGCCUCCGCAAGCGGGUCAAGGUGUUCCAAGACAACGCCCACUAUGCCGAGAAUUUCAUCCAGAGCAUAAUCUCCACCAUUGACCCGGCGGAGAGGCAAGGGGCCGCUUUGGUCGUGGGGGGCGAUGGCCGCUUUUACAUGAAGGAGGCCAUCCAGCUCAUCCUCCGCAUCGCUGCCGCCAACGGAAUUGGCCGUUUAGUAAUUGGGCAGAAUGGAAUUCUUUCUACCCCAGCUGUGUCUUGCAUUAUUAGAAAAAUAAAAGCGAUUGGUGGUAUCAUUUUGACUGCAAGCCACAACCCUGGUGGACCUAAUGGAGAUUUUGGCAUUAAAUUCAAUACUUCAAAUGGAGGGCCUGCUCCUGAAGGUAUUACUGAUAAAAUUUUCCAAAUUAGCAAGACUAUUGAAGAGUAUGCUAUAUGUCCAGAUCUAAAUGUAGACCUUGGUACCAUUGGGAAGCAGCAGUUUGACUUGGAGAACAAGUUUAAACCAUUUACAGUUGAAAUUGUGGACUCCGUAGAAGCUUAUGCCAACAUGUUGAGGAAUAUUUUUGACUUUAGUGCACUAAAAGAACUACUCUCGGGUCAAAACCAUCUAAAGAUCCGGAUAGAUGCUAUGCAUGGAGUUGUUGGCCCUUAUGUAAAAAAGAUCCUCUGUGAAGAACUUGGAGCACCGGCAAAUUCUGCUGUGAACUGCAUACCUCUUGAGGACUUUGGUGGCCACCAUCCUGAUCCAAACUUAACCUAUGCUGCUGAUCUGGUCCAGACCAUGAAGACAGGAGAGUAUGAUUUUGGAGCAGCCUUUGAUGGAGAUGGGGAUCGCAACAUGAUACUUGGAAAACAUGGAUUCUUUGUUAAUCCCUCAGACUCUGUAGCUGGUAUUGCCGCCAAUAUUUUUAGUAUUCCUUACUUUCAACAAACAGGAGUUCGAGGGUUUGCCCGAAGCAUGCCUACGAGUGGAGCAAUUGACAGGGUGGCCAAAGCUACAAAGAUUGCUCUGUAUGAAACCCCAACAGGUUGGAAGUUCUUUGGAAAUUUGAUGGAUGCAAGCAAGCUGUCACUGUGUGGAGAGGAGAGUUUUGGUACUGGAUCUGAUCAUAUCCGUGAAAAAGAUGGACUCUGGGCUGUCUUGGCGUGGCUGUCUAUCAUUGCUGUCCGCAAACAGAGUGUGGAGGAGAUCCUGAAAGAUCACUGGCAGAAAUAUGGGCGGAACUUCUUCACAAGAUAUGACUAUGAAGAGGUGGAUGCUGAUGGCGCCAACAAGAUGAUGAAGGAUCUAGAGACACUCUUCUUUGACCGUUCCUUUGUGGGGAAGCAGCUAUCAGCGGGUGACAAAUCAUACACUGUGGAGAAAGCUGAUAAUUUUGAGUACAGUGAUCCUGUGGAUGGGAGCAUCUCAAGAAACCAGGGUCUGAGGCUCAUCUUUGCUGAUGGUUCUCGCAUCAUCUUCAGACUGAGUGGUACAGGAAGUGCUGGAGCAACUGUGAGACUGUAUAUUGAUAGCUAUGAAAAAGAUGCGCCAAAAAUCUAUGAAGAUCCACAGGUCAUGUUGGCUCCUCUCAUCUCCAUUGCACUGAAGCUUUCACAGCUUCAUGAGAGAACUGGCCGCACUGGUCCCACCGUCAUCACAUAAAUGUAAAACUUGAAGCCAUUGGAAUAGACGCCGCGGAGUGAUUGGCCGCUGUCAAUUGGAAUCAGCUAUUCUUCUUUCCUGUUAUCAAAUGUAGUCCCCAAAAUGCUAACACUCUUUCAAAAGCACUAUAAAGUAAAAAAAGGAUAGAUGUGAUAUUUUUAAGAGUUUACACUAUGUGUAUACGGAUAUGCAUUGCCUUUUUAAUGUCAUCUGUUACCUUCCUAAUUUGUGUGUACUUAUUUAGUACAGUAUAUGCUGCCUUUCAGUUUAGCAGGAAUUUGAAGGACGGCUGUGUAAAAACAAUAGGAGUAAAUCCUGAUAUAAUGCUACUCUUUCUUGGGAGUUCCUCUGAAUUGCCUCUGCACAAAAAGUGUUUUAGGUUUUUUGGCAAUGUGUAAGACUUCCUUUUAAGUUUUGUGCCACAAUAUGUACAAUCACUGUGAUUUUUUGUGUCUCUCUGAUCCCCGUGGGCUAUCGCCUUUAAAACAACUACAACAACAAACUAUCAACUGAGCUCUGUGCCAUAAUCUGCUGUACGAAGCCUCCACUGCUACUCCCGCACAGAGUUCACCAUAAAAACAAGCAUUACAAGAUAUUAAAAUGAAAUGAAGCACUAUC